UCUCAGGCAGGAGGCAGUCUCCUGUGCUCACUCUCCUGCAGGCUGCUCUCUCACGCUGCUCUCGCUCUCUCUGACUGCGUAGCUGAGAAACACUCACUCACUCACUCACUCACUCACACUCACACACACUCAGUCAAAACACACACCAUGAGGCUGUUCGUGCUGUGUGUUGUGGCCUCCACCACUCUUCUGCUGGCAGUCCCAUGGAGCUCCGCAGCAGAGCCAGGGGACAGAGCCCAGAGAUGGGAUAAGGUCCAGGAUAAGGCUGCUACAGGAGAGGUUUCAGGGGGCUGCCCUGUGAGGAUGAAGCCUUCUGGCCAGUGUGGAGAAGAGGACGACUGCCCCUACCAGAUCAGCCUGCCUCCACUGACCAUCCAGCUGCCCAAGCAGUUCAGGAUGCUGGAGAAGACCAUGAAGGAGCUGCAGAGCCUGAAGGAGACGGUGAACCGGCUGAAGAGGGACUGUCAGGAGUGCCGGCAGCAGGCUGACCAGAGCCUGCAGAGGGACAGCGGGGAGGCAGCAGGGGGUCCCGGUACGGGACCAGGGUUUCUGGAAAUACAGUCUAGCACCAGUAAGGAGGAACGAGGAGACGGGGGAACCAACACAGGGCCUGAUGGGGAUGGCAUUGGCACCGGUUCUGGUACUGGCAAAGGCACCGUCUCUACUGGCGGUUCUGUGUUUGAGAUGCAGGUGAAAAUGAACAAGAUGUCCAACAGCCUGCGUAACGCACGGGGUCAGAUCACGGCUCUGCAGGGCCGUCUAGAGGAACUAAGCCUGAUCAACAUGAGGAACGUGGAGGCCAUCGUGGACAGCAAGGUGGAGAACAUCACUGGAGUGAUCAACAAGCUCAGUAACAACUGUAACCACCAGUGUGCCGUCCAGCCCUCUCCUCAGUUCAUCAUCGCUCCCAAGGACUGCUCUGACUACAACAUGCUAAAGGAGAGGAGGAACGCCGUCUACCGGGUCACGCCAGACCCCAGGAACGGCACGUUCCAGGUCUACUGCGACAUGGAGUCGUUCGGCGGCGGCUGGACCCUGGUGCAGCAGCGCCUCAAUGGCACCGUCAGCUUCAACCGCUCCUGGGCUGAGUACAAGAGGGGAUUUGGUGACCCCCGGGGAGAGUUCUGGUUGGGCAACGACCGCAUCCACCUCCUGACCAAGGCCAAGGACAUGGUUCUGCGCAUCGAACUGGAGGACUUCCAAGGGGUGCGGGAGUAUGCCAAGUUCGACCAGUUCUACGUAGCCAACGAGUUCCUGAGGUAUCGCCUCUCCAUCAGCGGGUACAGUGGCACGGCCGGCAACGCGCUGCACAUGAACCAGCACUUCAACCACGACCAGAAGUUCUUCACCACGCCAGACAGGGACAACGACAUGUACCCGUCAGGGAACUGCGGCGCGUACUACAGCUCUGGGUGGUGGUUUGACGCCUGCAUGUCAGCCAAUCUCAAUGGGAAAUACUACCACAAGAGAUACAAGGGCGUGAGGAACGGCAUCUUCUGGGGAACAUGGCACAACAUGUCUAGUGAAGCAUACCCCACCAACUACAGGCAGGCCUUCAAGACGGUCAAAAUGAUGAUACGGCCGAAGAACUACGCUCCGUAAAAGAAAGCGGCAUGAGAACGGAAACGACCGGAAACAUCAGAAUGACUUUUUUCUUCUUGACUUUCUGCUCCUUUGAUCUUUCUGCCUCCCACUGUCA